AUGAGGGGAGCAUACAUUGAUAGGCGCCAGGGCUCGGUCUUCCCAGAGAUCACAUCUGACACCGCGUCGAUCCAAUCUUCCACUCUCCAGCAAAUUACAUCAGCGAUUGGGACUGCUCUCUAUCCUUCUUCGACCGGUUUCGACACACCUCGCAGCUCAACCAUAAACUCGCUGGUCUCGAGCACGGAAAGCAGCGACGGUACAACAUCAACUCCGCAGCCAUCGGAUGGCAAUGUGCCGACAGCGGCGCCACAGGACAAUGGCAGUGGUAGUUCAGGGCUGGGAGGUGGCGCAAUCGCUGGCAUAGCAAUUGCAGCAGUCCUCGUUUUCGCGCUCAUCGGUGGAUGGUUCUUCUGGCGGCGAAGAAAACGCAUGAGAGGGAAGCCCACCAGUACCGAGAUUAGUGCCCAUAUCGCAGGAGACGGGGGCGGAGAUGGAGGCAUACCAGAGCUCGAUACAAAGGAGCGGCCACAAGAAAUGCCAGGAAGUCGUCAGGUGGAAACGCAAGAGCUGCAUCCUACACAGUACACCAAAUACGCUAUGAACGGAUCUCAUGAGCUGAAAACCGAGUCUGAGCCGGCUGAGCUGUUGAGUGGCCCUGAUGAGUACACUGCGCCAGCCCCUUAUCACGCUCCGCAACGGCCCGCUGCUGAGAUGACGGAGAUGACGGAUACGACUGAGGCGACAAACAAUUCACUCUCAUCUAAUGUCGAAGCGCAACGGCGGAGAGAGAUGGAAUGGCUAGAGAUGGAGGAGGAAAGGAUGCGGAAGCGGCGAGAAUUGCUUGCGGCGCAAGGCGGUGCGAAGAAUUGA